AUGUACAUUGACAUUUUAAAUAAGAUCGAAGAAAAAUACUAUAAAGCUUGCUAUGCUGCUUACAAUUACGAUUUUGAUAACUUCGUGGCAAAUUUUGAACCUGAAAACCUUCCUUCCUAUUAUUAUGUAGGAUAUGAGUUUGACGAAAAUGAAGAUCCAGACCCUUCCACACUGGAAUCUCUUACCAACCAACAUGAAUUAACUUAUUAUAUUGUCAGAGGUGUCCGUUUCAGUUUUUAUUUUGCUUGGCAGUUGAGGCACUCAGAUUUGCCACUAUGUGCAGAGGUUUAUAGGGCCAUCUCAGCUCGGUUCAUAAUGAGUAACUACUUAGAGGAUGAUUUUAUUAAGGACCACAUCCCCGCAUGUCUGUGGUACCCCAAUAUACCAAAGAAGGAAACGUGUUUCAGGUUACUCGAGAUUUCAAAUGAUUAUAAGUAUAGUCUGGGGGCUCUAGCUGGACUGAAUAAUUGGGGCGAUUUAUUCAGUAAGUGUGAUUUUGAGUACAUAGAUGGCUAUAUAUGGACUAUCUUACGUUCUUUUGAAAGACAUGAGAUGCUGGAUAUUUUAUUACCGAAAAAGCAAAUGGGUGAAUUUCUAGAAAAAUCUGAUGGAAGUGUCACAUUAAAUCCAGAAUUGGAGGAUUUCGAUGGAAACGAGUACAUACACGAAAAGGCAUCCACGAUUAGUGAUUAUCUUGAGCAAUUUGAACCUGAGAUUAUGGUUAGAUUUCGUACCAUCAACAAAGAGAAUUUGAAGUGGGUAGACUGGCAGGAAGAAUGCGAUGGGCCUGCAUUUAGGUCUGAUAUUACAGGUAUUGGAUUUGUGAAACACGUUAAUUUAGAAAGAUUAACGCAUUUGAACAACAGAAUGGAGGAGUUAUAUAUGUAA